AUGCAGCCACCAGAUCUCACUGUUGUUGUAGGGGCAGCUAACCUCAGCCUCCUACUGGAGGAAUAUAAGCUGGACGGUUUGAUCAUCUGUAGAGGCUUUGACAGGUUGUACAUGGAAAACAGUAUUGCUCUGAUCCAGCUCAGAGCUUCCAUUGACUUCAGAAAGGAAAGAAACCUGAUCCGCUUGCCUUUCAUGCAUGACUAUGGCAACACUGCUAGGGAGGGAAUCACAUGUACAGGAAUGAAGCUCAUCAGCAGAGAGCAGUGCUUGGAGCAAAUCCCAGAGCUAGCGGAGAACAUGCUGUGUGCUGAGAUGGAGGAAGGGGAAAGAGGUACCUGCCAGGUAAACAGUGGUGGACCUUUGGUUUUCAGCUACUGGAACACCAUGAGAUUCCAGGUCAGCAUUGUUGGCUGGAGAGAUGAUUGUAUGGAAAAGCCAAGCCAUAAGACCUUAACAUCUGUUUACAGCUAGCAUGACUGGAUUGAGACUGAGUGUGCCCUAAGUAGCACAUCUUUCUUCAUUGAAGCCAUGGAUACGGGUGCAAAUGCCUGGGUGGAUCCUUCCAGGUCUGAGACACAGCUGGUGUUUCUUGAGUGUUGUCUCCUGUUAUAG